UUUUGAGAAUGUACAAAGAAGAAUCGAUACAAUGUAUUAUUUAAAUGAUAUGGACGAUGGUGAAUUCGCUUCAUUGUUUUAUAAUGUUGACCUUUUUCGAGAUUAAAUAAAUUUUUUAAUACAUAAAAACCAUCUGUAAAUACAUACUCAAAGAAAUAUGUUUACGUAAUUAUAAUUUAGAAAUAAAAACACGUGUAGUAGACAAAGUAAUAAGAAAAAUAUGAGUGAUUUUAUUGAAGACUCUUUUUCACUUUCUGUUGAUAAACAGAAAUAUAGAAAAGGUUAUCAGAUUUUACCUGAAGUAACUAAUAGAAUUGAUAAAACUACUAAAGAUAUUUUAAAAGUGCCAAUCAUUGGAUCUCAAGACUUUUCUUUAAAACUUUCUGAUGAUUCUGUAAUAGAAGAUACUCAAGAUAUUCUUCCUGAUAAUAGUGAAGUAAAUACAAACAAAGAUGAUAUUAUUGUCAUUAGCGAUUCAAGCAUUGAUUGCAGUUUAGAUUAUUUUAAUAAAGAAAAGAUUACAACCCCUAUAAUACCAAAGAACACUUAUAAAAGUCUAAUAAGAUCAAAAAAUUAUGCUUUAGAAAUAUCUGAUGAUUCAAGUGAAGACGAAAAUUUUUAUGAAAAAUGGAAAAAUGUAUCAGUGAGAAAUAAACAUUAUGAUAAAUUUUCUAAUUGUAUUGAUAAAGUUACUUCACAAGAUAAGAAUUCAUUUUAUACUUCAGAUGAUAGUUCUAAGAACAGUAAUACAUCAAGUUCUGAACACAAUAAAAAUACUAAUAUAUCUAAAAAUAGAUAUAUUAGUUCAACAUUAAUAAAUGUACAACAUAAUAAUGAAAAAUCGAACAGACAAAUACAAGAUACAUCGGAAAAGGAAGAAAAUAUACAUACUCCUAUUUCGAAUUUAAAUUUAUUAAAUAAAUUGACUAAUUAUAAUAUUAAUAGUAGUAAUAGUAAUACUAAUAAUUCUAAAAAAUCAAAAACAUGUAUACAAUUGACAAAAGGUGAUCUAAAUAAAAUCUUAACAAAUAUACAGUCGACAAAAGCUAUUUAUGAAUCUCCAAAACUACAAAAAAUCAAUAAUGUUGUAAUUGAUGAAACUUUAGAUGAUGAAAUACAUCCAGCUUUAUUAACUAAUGAUAAUUUAAUAAAAAAAGUUGAUAAGCCACCUGCUGUGAUCAUAGAUGAAAUCCCUCCAAAUUCUGAUAUCAAGAAUCAAUGUACUGAAAUAAAUAUAGUAACUUCAUCUAAAAUAUAUGAUCAGUCUGUUGAAAUACCUAUAGAUAAUCAAGUAAAAGGCCUAUCUGAAAGAAAAAAAAAAGAAAUUUCAGAUUGGCUUAUGUUGAGUUCACCACGAUCUUGUAGUGAUAGUUCAUUCAGUAAUGUACCUGCAAGCAGUAAAAAUGGUAUAAGUUCUGGAAACAGUAGUUUAGAAAGAUUGGAGAUGGAUUAUGAAACUCCAAAUAAUAGAGGAAAAAUGAGAUUUAAAACCAAUGAAAACAACGUUAUUAUAUCAGACACAAAAAGAACUAAUCCUACGGUAUCAAAGCCAAAAACACCACAUAAAUUUUUACACAAACCUAAUGACAAUAUUCCUAAAUCUUCAAACAUUCUACAAAAAAAGAAACCUACUGAUCAAUGUAAAAAUGUGAAUACAAAGCAAUCUAAUAAUAUGAAUGUCAUGGAAUGUACAGAUAUAUUAGAUAAGUUAUAUGGUAAUAUAUGGAGAGAUAAAGCAGGUGCAUUGCUUUCAACUCCAAUAGAAAAACAACAAAUUCUUAUGAAAAAAGAUAGAGCUGUACAAACAGAAAGAAAAGCUACAAGAAAUGAACAUUAUUCAAUAAAAGCAGAAGAUAAACAGAAUAAAUUUAAUACAGAUAAGAAAGUAAGAUUAAUAAAUAAAAAACAAACUAAAUAUACUACGCAAAAAAAUAGUUUCAUUAAUGAUACUUCCUCUGAGAAUGAAUCAGAAAGUUUGUAUUAUACUGCUCUAACAAAUCCACAUGCAUCAAAUAUUGUAUCUGAUAAACUUAAUACUGUAUCAUCUUCUAUUCAAAGAGCUAUUCAAAUAUGUGAUUCUGAUGAAGAAGAUGAAUAUAAUACUAAUUGUCACCCUGCAGUACAGAAAGUAUUAGAUAGGAAAAGAUUAUCAUUUAGCAAUGAAGAAAAUAGUUCUGAUACAAGUGAAUUUGAUCCAGGUGAUGAUAUUACUCAAAAACGUGUAUAUAAAAAAGAUAAAUAUAGAACAAAAAAGAAUUCAAGAACAACAACAACAACAACAACAACAAAUAGAAACCUUCUUUCAUCCAUAGAAAGCAAGAGAAAGGAAACAUAUAAAAGUUUUUUAGCUUCUUUAUCUGAUUCAAUACCUCUAAUUAGUGCUCAUCCAAAUGCAAAAAAAUAUAGGCUCUCAUAUAAAAAUAAUAAAGAAGAGCUUUGCAAAUAUUUAUACAAAUUAUAUAAUGAAAAUAUUUUUGAUAAAAAGUUACCAGAGGAUAUGUCAAUAGAAUGGAAUAUUCGUAUGAGAGGAACAGCUGGAUAUUGUUAUAAUAAAAAAUCUGUGAAACCUCUUGGAGGCAUUGUCAGAUCUUCAAGAAUAGUACUAUCAACUAAAGUUUUAGAUACACCUGAUAGAUUAAGAGACACCUUAAUUCAUGAAAUGUGCCAUGCUGCUGCUUGGCUGAUAAAUGACGUGUCAGAUGGUCAUGGACCUUUCUGGACAGCAUGGGCUAAUAAGGCCUUGAGAGCAUUUCCUGAACUUCCUCCCAUUCGUCGUUGCCAUGAUUAUAAAAUUAAAACAAAAUUCACAUAUAGAUGUAUUGAAUGUGGAUACAGUAUUGGACGACAUUCAAAGUCUUUAGAUAUUGAAAAGAAACGAUGUGGCCAUUGUUAUGGUAAAUUUGAGUUACUUAUCAACAGAACAACGAAAUCUGGUACAGUUCAAAUGCAAACACCAAAAAGAGAACCAUCUGCAUUUGCACUUUAUGUAAAAGAAAAUUAUAAUUCUGUGAAAAAGGACAAGAACUUAAAACAUGCAGAGGUGAUGAAACUUUUAGGGCAACAGUUUUCAGCAAUUAAAAUAGCAAAGAAAGAUGAUAAUAAUGUUGAUAAUAACAAAGAUUCAUCCGAUUGAAUGUAUAUUCUUUCUGUAGAAAAUCUUAUGUGAAGUUAUGUAUAUCAUAAUCACGUAUCUAAUCUUACUAUUGCAGGCACGACAAUGUGAGAUAUGUUAAGUUAUAUAUACAAAAAUGAACUAGAUCGUAAUACAUAAAGACACAUGUUUUUUACAUAAGAAUUAAAACGCAAUCAUUGUUUAUAAACUUAUAAGAAAAUAUCAUAAUAAAGAAUACGUAAGAUUGCUA